AUGCCUGCGAUACGACACUCUUCAAAACGAAAGCCGCCGCCAGAAGGCUUUAGCGACAUCGAAGAUGACCUGCUCAUCUUCGCGAACAAAAUGAAGGAUGCCCAGAAUAAACCUCCUCCUCCUGGACCAAAACAUCAAGCACAGUGGGAGAUUUUCCAGAUAUCACAUCAGCGGAGUCGAUACGUGUAUGAUUUGUACUAUGAGAAGGAAGCCAUCAGCAAACAGCUGUACGACUGGCUGUUGAAGAAUGGGUACGCGGAUGCUAUGUUGAUCGCAAAAUGGAAGAAGCAGGGUUACGAGAAGCUUUGCUGUCUUCGGUGUGUCCAGACGAAAGAGACCAAUUUUAACAGCACGUGCAUCUGUAGAGUCCCUCGAGUCGAAAUCAAGGAGAGUCGAGACGUUCAAUGCGUCAACUGUGGAUGCAGAGGGUGCGCAUCGAGUGACUGA